AUGGUGGGUUCGUACAGAGAGACGCCCGGCUACGAGCCACUCCGCCGCAAUGACCCCCCUGGAAUAGGGCAGGCAAUCACAACGCCGACGCCAGCAAGCAGACAAUUCGACCGAACCCUUACGGAUGCAGGCCAGCCGCCCCUAGAACGUCCUACACUCGGAACACCUUCAAGUUCGGCCCAACCGAGUACCAAAGUCACCACGCCGCCAUCAGGCCCGCGCUCCUCCUACCAUGCCCCCUCCAUCGAGUCUUUUCCCGCCCGUGAAAGAGACCUGUACAACGAGCGCAAGUCCCAUGAUAGAGAUUUCUAUAACGAGCGCAGGUCCAUGGACAGCAAGAACCCGCUGCUGAACAAGAACCGAUCAUCAGCUGCCACCAGCAGCAGGCCCGCAACCGCUCUGACCCGACAGCUCUCAGAGGACAUGGCCGACGAAGCGGCAGACAGAGAGCAGCCCGGCUCCUACUUCGAGGGCGCCGCGAUCCCCCAGCCCGGGCAGUUUAUGGCCAACCGCGGGCGCCCGAUGUCCUUCUACGACAUGAAGGAGCAGCAGCGGGAAAAGAGCCGGCAACAGCAGCAGCAGCCGCCCCGGCCGGCACCGCAGCUACACCGGCAGUCCUGGCGGUCGGGCGACAUGCCGUACAACUACGCCGACAUGAUUGGCGACAACCGCUAUUCGUACGCGCCGCCUCGCAUGGGGAGCAACACGCCGCAACGGGGCUUUCGCGGGGGCAGCGCCAGCGGCGAGCCCGAGCAGCCCAUGCCCGUCCGGCUGCCCUGGACCAUGUGGAUGAACAGCAGCGCCAAGAACCUGUUCGUCGCCGCCGUCGGCGAGUGGGUCGGCACCACCAUGUUCCUGUUCUUCGCCUUCGCCGGCACCCAGGUCGCCAACGCCAAGAGCGACACGCCGGCCGAGUCGACAACUACCAACGCGACGACGGGCUUCGAUCCGGUGGUCAUGCUUUACAUCUCCACCGCGUUCGGCUUUAGUCUUAUGGUCAAUGUCUGGGUCUUUUUCCGUAUUUCUGGUGGUCUGUUUAACCCUGCCGUCACGCUCGCCCUCUGGGUCACAGGCGCCGUCAGCGCCGCGCGCGGCAUCUGCCUCUUCUUCGCGCAGAUCGUCGGCAGCAUUACGGCCUCCGCCCUCGUCCUCGCCAUCUUCCCCACGCCGCUCAACGUGCGCACGACGCUUUCCGCGGGCACGUCGCUCGCGCAGGGCGUCUGGAUCGAGGCCUUCAUGACGGCCGAGCUCGUCUUCACGAUCCUGAUGCUAGCCAAAGAAAAGCACCGCGCGACCUUCAUCGCGCCCGUCGGCAUCGGGCUCGCGCUCUUCGUCGCCGAGCUCGUGGGCGUCUACUACACGGGCGGGUCGCUGAACCCGGCGCGCUCGCUCGGCCCCUGCGUCGUGUCGGGCAAGUGGGACGCCGAGCACUGGAUCUACUGGGUCGGCCCCGGUAUUGGGUGUGCGUUCGCGCUGGCAUUUUACAAGUUCAUCAAGAUGCUCGAGUACGAGAUGGCGAACCCGGGCCAGGACGGUGAUGAUGCGAAUGAUCCGACUAAGAACCCGAAUCAUGCCGUGCGCGAGAAGCAGCGCGAGGUCACGGCGCGCGUGCUCGCUAGUCUGGGGAUUGAUGCCAACAGCCAGCAGCAGCAGCAGCAGCAGGCCGACGCCAUGGCUGCUGAGGAGGGCAGCUACUACGGCGGCGGCAGGAAUUCGGUCAUGGGCGACUCGGACAGCGGCCACCAGCAGCGCGUCUAUCCCGGCGGCGGCGGCGGCAUGCAUGCGCUGUCGACGGUGGCGUCGAUGAGCGACGUGAACAGCCCGACCAAGGCGUACGCGCCGCAGCCGCGAUCGUCGUUCCAGGUCGAUUAA